AGUGAAUGCUGAAUGGCACAUUGUAGUAAGCCUCCAUCUUCUAUACCCUUUGCAUGCACUUGGCAAGAGUGUGGGAGCGGCAUUAGAAUAAAAAUGAUAAAACAAAACUUUACAGUUUACUUUACAGUACCUACACAGUAGACAGUACGUAGUUGGUGUUGAUACAGUAAAAGUUAAAAAUGAUACUUUCUUUUGAAACGAGUUCAUAAUAAUUUUUACGCGUUUUUAGUUUAAAAAUUUUUACAAUAAUUUUCACACGUCAAGUUUUUAAAGUUUUCAAAGUCUUUGCUUACCAAAUUUAAAAAAUGCCACUUUUAACUUUAUUUUGCCUUCGCUUCUUGCCUGUUGUUUUCUUUAUGCUUGUCUAAAGUCUAAUCUAUCUGAAACUCAGACUAGACAGGCUAGUAGAUUACCGGCCUGAGUCCUGCGUUCUUUUAAAGUUUAGGAUGUUGGGUAACACAAAAAUGAUGAUUAAUUUUUCUAUAUUAUGCUAUGUAGCCUAGUAUCAGUGCUAAUCUUCCUGGACAACUUUCUUCAUCAGUUAUGGUACUAAGAGAAAUAUAAAAUGGAGCUAAUAGCUAAGAUUGCCCAUGCGAACAAAUCGAAAGUGCAAGAUUUCACAGAAUACUUCGGUCCUCUAUUGACAUCUGACAGUGAAAAGGAACUGCUGAAGAAAUUUGAAGGCAUUAAAAUUUUAAUCCCAGAAAAAUUAAAGAUAGAGCGAAGUGAAGAGAAAAGUCUGUUGCCUCUAAGUUGGACUGAUUUUAGAGACGCUAUUCAGUGUUUAAUCAGAAGGGUCGAUUCUCCAGCACUUAACAAAGCGGAUUCCAAAUGGCGGAAAUCGGGAGAUUAUAGUUUGAAUGUUGAUUUCAAUAAAUUAUUGGACGAAAAAUGGGAAUUGCUUUACAAUCACUUGGGCGAGGGUGCAAUAAAAAAGAUGUUGGUGAAUUGCCAAAUAUUUUUCCCAAUGAGUAGUACUUCAUACCUACCACUACAUUGUGAUAAAGCAGUUAGCGGUAUACAAAACACUCUUGGUUCUACUGCGUACCAACUGACUGUAAAGAAUAACAAAGAACAAUUAACGUUUGAUUUGGGGCCGAUUUUAUAUGGAAAGAAUGUAUUUUCUGUUCAGAAUUCCAAAGUAGAGACACUUUCCGAAACAGAUAUUUGCAGUAGACUGGUAGAUGACAUACUGGAGCUGAAUAGUAGAGGCAAUUUACCAUUGGAAAAGCCGGCGAUGCUUUUCUUGGAAAAUGUGGUCGCGAGAAAGCUUGUACAGAGAUGUUCUAAGAAUAAAACUUACAGUUCCAUCUUGAAGAAUAUUUACAAGAGAGAUGAUAGGAGUGGCUCGGCUGCUCAUUCGAAAGCCAAGUCAGUUGUGAAACAAGCCGCGCAUAGGCCUAAGGCUUCUCGAAAACCAAAAUCUUGCUCUGAAAUACGUAGUGUUACCAUAAGAAAAAGAACAACUAGGAAGAGCUUCUUACAAGAAAUUCCACUGAAGUAUGUCAAAAAAUACAUCCUUUCUCAUCUCAACAGAAUCAUACCUAAAGAAAUGUUUGGUGUCCAGAAACUUAAAAUCAUCAAGAACAUAUUGAAGGUUUUGAAAUACGGAAAGAAUCAGCGUUUUUCGCUGGAGCAAAUCCUGGAUAACAUAUCGAUUGGAAGGAUACCUUGUGUCUUGAAGUGUAAAAAAAACAACGACAAACAUAACUUGAUUGCAAAACUAGUUAAAUGGGUGAUACUGAAAUGGGUUCUCCCUUUGAUUAGCUUGGACUUCUAUUUAACUGAGAAGCAAAAAAGCUUCAAUAAAGUGCAUUUCUAUAAAAAGUCCUUAUUCAGAAGGUGUAUAUUCAGUACCAUUCAAAAAAUGAAGAAGAAAAAAGUUUUGAAAGUAAUCAAUAAAAAGCUAUUGAGCAGGAGCUGUGAUAUUAAUAGAUCCCAUAGCCUACUUCGAUUUGUCCCUAAAGGAGAAUCAAAUCUAAGAUACGUGAUUUGGGAUCAACUGAAAAAUCCACUUCUCGAAGAAGUGCGAAUUUUAUUCAAGCAGAUGUGUUCGAAAUCUUUAGGCAGCUUUGCUCCAGAAGUAAAGAAAGACUUCAAUGUUUACUGGGCUAAGCUGGCUACUGAAUAUUACAGUCGCGAUGGACAUCAACCUCAUUACAUUGUCAAAGUUGACAUUUCCGAUGCUUAUGGCUCAAUUAUAUUGACAAAACUCAAGAAAAUCACUGAAGAAUUUGUGAAGCCAUUUUUGGAAGGAAUUAGAUCUUUGACGUACAGAAAAUUCAAAUGCUUCACCAAGCAGUCCUCGGGACUGCGCUGCUACUAUGUAUGGAGAUUUGAAGAUCUGCCUCCAUGCAUUCCCAACCAUGCAGUUCUCAUACCUACAACAGACUGUCAGGUAUUUCAAGUGAGUCGCUUACUAACAAUCACAUACCUUCAAAUUCUUUUGAGGGAUUUGAAAAUUGGAGGAAGCACGUACCUUUUGAAGAGAGGCAUACCUCACGCUGGAAAAUUGUCGUCCUCGUUCUGCCAAAUUUACUACGAUGAACUUGACAAGCAGAAGCUGUCUGAGUUUUCCAACAACGGAAAUGAGAUUUUCUUCAGAGCUGUCGACGACUACCUCUAUGUAACGCCAUCUUUGGAACGCGCUAAAAGUUUUCUUCGAAAGAUGAUACUUGGUUUCAAGGACUUUGGAGUUUACACCAACUCAACGAAAACACUUACUAAUUUUGGAGACAAUCCAAGCAAAGUAAUACCAUUCUAUGGAUAUAUUCUGAAUACAGAAACAAUGGAAGUACUAGCAAACUAUGAAAUAUACAGAGGAGUAGAUAUUUUCUACACCAUGACUUUCAAAGACACAUUAAAUCCAGGAAGAAUUCUGAGAGAGAAGAUGAAGAAUGUCAAUUCCAUCAAACUGGAUAGGAUUAUUUUGGAUUCAAAUUUCAACAAAAAAACUACAAUAUUGUUGGGAAUAUUCAGAUCAGCCCUGCUGAUGUCUCUCCGUUUCAAGUCAAUCGUCAAUCGUCUCUUCAGAAAGACUCUCAACUGUCACUACCUUGUAUACUGCGUCAAUACAUGUGCCAACCAUAUUUGUUCUAGAGUCGAGAGGUUUUCAACUCUGACUGUUGGUGAAGAGCUACGAGUUUCAGCAGUAGAAGCCCGUUGGAUGGUAUUGGCCGCUUUUAUGGUGACCCUUCCACGGAAAAGUGUCUUCUGCGUUGUAAACAGAAUCCUAAAACGCCAAUUGUGGACUUGCGCAAAGGCUCUUUCAGAUAAGCCUAUGCAAUUAAAAGUCAUGAAGGAUGUUAUCAGGUUGAAUGCUAAGGAAAAUCCUUUUAAAGGCGCACAUUGAGUGCUACACAUAUUUGACAGAUAAGUGCUCUUAGUAAAGCUCUUGGAAGUAUGCUUACCUGUAAUCCGUACUCAUAGACGUUGCUCAGGUACAAAUAGAAAUUGUUGCUUAACCAUGUGAAAAAGAUCGAUUUCUUUUUGAAUCCUCAGUUUACUAGAUUGUGGCAGUUCUAUUUAUCCAUCAAUUAAUGCAUUAUCUAUUUUUUAUUCAUUCACAAAGAAAAAUAAAUAACAAUAAAAAUACAAGCAAAAUAUAAAUACAAUAUAAGUAUUUUCAAAUGAUAUCAAAUAAAAAUUAUACAAGCAUCAAAAACAAGAUGCUGAGAUUUGUAUUUUGUAAUAUUUACAAUACUGUUGUACAUAUUAUUUGUGAUUAAUUUAAAAGAAACUCGAAGAAUUCUUAGUAAUAGUCACUCUUCAAAGAGAUUUUCGUAAAGAUGAAUUUGUAAUCAAUGUCAGCGUGUACGAUUCAAUACAGUUUAAAUACUUCCAACUAGGCUAGCACUAUCAUAAGUAUAGCCAAUGUGUAGAGCUUGAUGAAAGACAAGUAACAUUUUUUAUAAAUACAGAUUUAUCCUUUAUGUUGACUUCCUUGAGCGAUUCUCAACUCAGGUCAAAAUUUGCUUUCACAAGCACGUUCUUUGAAUUGUUCAUAAAUACGAUCCUGAAACUUGAAUAUGCAAUAAGGAAAAUUUUAUUAAUCUCUCAUGCAUAUCAGUAUUACUAGUCAAAUUGAUAGAUUUGCAGGUAAAUGUGGGUACGGGUGCUUUUCUUUAUUUGUAAAAUCUAUUUGCAUGUAUCACUUACAUUAUUCAAAGUUGCGAAAAUCUAAAAUUUUGGUGAGUCCAAGUAGUUUACGGUAUUGUAUGAAAUGUGAACCCGUCACUUUUGAAAUUGCAAUUGACAUAAUAUAAUAAUCGAACUGUAAACAUAAAGGUCAUACAUUUUAUUAUUGAUUGCAAAUGUGAAUAAUAAUAAUAUGUUACGUGCGUGAAGCUAUUUCUACAAACAAUAAAGAAUCCGAUGGCCUAAGAAGAUGGAGAAAAUGUGUGGCUUUCUUCCAUCCACAGGUUGAGAUUCUCCUUCAAGCGGCA